CGAGAUAUAGAACGCUUCCUUCUGGUUGGAGAGCUGCUUCCUGUACCGGAUUUUUUUUUUUUUUUUUUUCCCCCUGCAAAAUUUCUAAAAGUGUUUAAACGGAAUUUUGAGCACAAGUCACGCAUCGACAGGACAGCCGUUGGGAUGAUUUAAUGCUGCAGCCUCUCGGUGAAAAAGAGGGAUCAGCUGUGCUAGGACAGAGGCCUGAAAGCUGUCAUCUGUCUGAGGACGCUUCCUAUUGGAGCCAGGGCCGCGCCGAGUCUCAGUCCCAGUCUCUACUGGGAGAGCUUUGAAAAAUAUUACAGUCAUGACUCCGUCUCAAACCUUGUUCCAGCUCAUACACUAGAGCGUUUUGCCGUCAAAGAGGGUUUCCGACCAACCAAUGCUUACCUGUCUGUGUGGGAGCAGCUUCUCUUGACUUCUUGUCAUCCGCCUACUUGUCCGACUGUGACAGAACUCCGUGAGGCAUGCCAGACUGGAAAAACUAAACCUUCUCAACAGCUGGUUUAUAAUAUAUUGUGUCACUUUAGGGAAAUUACAGUGGCGUAGUCAGUCAUGGCCCCGAAAAAACCCCGACCAGUCCCACUGACCAUACCGCCUACAGGAGAGGGUCAACCGUCCACCAACGCUGAUGCUGCCUCAGAAGCUAAUCUGGAAGCCUUGCAGAAGAAGCUAGGGGAGCUGGACUUGGAUGAGCAGCAGAGGAAGCGUCUCGAAGCCUUCCUCACCCAGAAGGCUCAGGUGGGUGAGCUGAAAGAUGAUGACUUUAAACCCAUCUGUGAGCUGGGUGCUGGGAACGGAGGAGUGGUCCACAAAGUGCGCCAUAAACCCUCUAGGCUGGUUAUGGCCAGAAAGCUUAUUCAUUUGGAAAUCAAACCAGCCAUUAGGAACCAGAUUAUUCGUGAGCUGCAGGUGCUGCAUGAAUGUAACUCACCCUACAUAGUGGGCUUCUAUGGAGCUUUCUACAGUGAUGGGGAGAUCAGUAUCUGUAUGGAGCAUAUGGAUGGGGGCUCGCUGGAUCAGGUACUAAAAGAAGCUAGAAGAAUUCCAGAGGAAAUCCUGGGCAAAGUUAGUAUUGCAGUACUCAGAGGACUUGCCUAUCUACGGGAGAAGCACCAAAUUAUGCACCGAGACGUGAAGCCCUCCAACAUCCUGGUGAACUCGCGCGGUGAAAUCAAGCUGUGCGACUUUGGCGUGAGCGGCCAGCUCAUCGACUCCAUGGCCAAUUCCUUUGUGGGAACACGUUCGUACAUGUCGCCGGAGAGGCUCCAGGGCACUCACUAUUCAGUGCAGUCGGAUGUGUGGAGCAUGGGCCUGUCACUGGUAGAGCUGGCCAUAGGCCGCUACCCCAUCCCCCCGCCUGACGCCAAGGAGCUGGAGGCCAUCUUUGGGCGACCCGUGCUGGAUGGAGCAGAGAUAGAGGGACACAGCACGUCCUCAAGACCCAGACCUCCUGGACGCCCCAUUAGUGGACAUGGAAUGGACAGCAGGCCGGCCAUGGCUAUAUUUGAGCUACUGGACUACAUUGUCAAUGAGCCCCCACCUAAGCUGCCACAUGGUGUAUUUACCUCAGACUUCCAGGACUUUGUGACAAAAUGCCUCAUCAAGAACCCUGCAGACCGAGCUGACCUGAAGAUGCUGAUGGGCCAUACAUUUAUCAAGCGUGCAGAAGUGGAUGAGGUGGACUUUGCUGGCUGGUUGUGCAGAAUCAUGGGUCUGAAUCAGCCAAGCACUCCCACUCGCACCUCUGACUGAACUCCAGUCCAGCCACGCACACCAUUCCCCUCACCCUCUCUCCGUUUCCUCUUCACCCCUCUGGUUCUUUUUCCCUGCUUGUUAAGCCUGGUCAGGCCAACUCACUUCCCCUUGUCCCUCCUCACUUGCUCUAUUGUUGCCACAGGGCUUUCUGCAGGUACUGGUCUAUGAAAAGUCAUGUUUGUCAUUGGUACAACUGUCCAUUUAAUUGAAUUUAGGUUCAAACAUGUCUUGCCUUGAAUUAACAGCAUAUUUAAGAUCUCAGAGCAGUUAUUCAGGAAUGUUUCAGGUAUGGCAUUAGAGCACUGGGUGUAUACUGUAUAAUGCAUAUUUUUACUAUGAUUUUUCAGGUGUCAUAUUUUUGCACUCUGGUGAUUGUGUAAUAGUGUUUCUGCAUGAAAACAGCAGUCUGGUCAGAUGUUCUGUUUCAGAAGAUACAUUUCUGUUCUACUCUCUCUUGUGUUGAACAGUUUUAAACCAAAGAGGGCUACUGCAGAUCACACUGAUAAUGAUUUUCUGGUAAUGUGUGGGCUGGAUAUGUUUAUAAAGAUGAAUGAAUUCAUGAAGCUGAACUGCUACUCCUACAUGCAUUUAUGUAGGUAUACAGUUGAUGCAAAGUCUGAGACGUUGCAAGACCAGGAUGUUUGGCAACAUAUCAGACAUUGAUUAUGUUAUAAAUUUGGAGAUAUAAACAGCUAGUGGCAGCUUCUGCCUUAAAUUUGUUAAUUUAAAAGAAAAUAAAGUAUCUCCACUGUAAAGCAGUAUGGUUAUAAAUAUCCCAAAAUAAGGACAUGCAGCCCAUCUGCAUUUUAUCACAGAAAGAAACUUGUGAAAUUUGAGAUGUAACACAUUUACUGUCACAAGAUAUUUCUAUAUUAUACAGAAGGGCACUUUUACUUCCUAAAAUCUUUUUUUGUUUGUUUUUUUUUCAUGGCUGUAUAUGAUGCUUAGGUUUGUUAUCUGAAAAUUCUGUUUAAUGCUGUAACGUUUUUCACCAUUUGGUAUUUUGGGGAAGAUAUUCUUUAUGCUUUGAUGCUGCAUUUUUUUUGCCAACUACACAUAAAGACAGAGAUACACUUUUGCUCUAUAGACAAACCAGGAUUACACUCCACAUUACAGCUGACAAUCCGCACACAGACUGUACAUCCUCAGCAAGCUCUGUUUAAUAAGUUAAUAAAGAAUUUGCGUAGUACACAAUUCACUAAGUUGUGAUAAAUGUGACGUACUAUGCAAGCAAAUGUAAUUUAAUAUAAAUGCACAGAGUUAGUGGAUGGCUCAUGUAAGGUAGGAAUGUAGGCCCAUUGGAUGCUGAUAGGGCUUGGCUAUGUUCUUUACCUUCUUCAAUGUUCAGUUUCUCCGAAACAAAACGGGGCAUAAUAUAGGCAUAGAACACAUGUAUCACAUUCAGUUGAAAAAAAAUGUCUCAAAAGACAUCAGUUUUUACAUUAUGAUAUUUUUUGAGAAACUGAACAUAAUAAUGUUGGACCUGUAUUGUGAACAUAGCUGGCAUUCACCUCCAACCAAAUGAAUGCAGAUGCACAUGUGUAUAAAAAUAUAUAUACAGUACUAGUAGUACUGUUUCACAGUCUUAAAAAAUAGCCUUCUUUAGUUGUCUUUUUUUUUCCUCCUUUUUUUGAUUGGUGUAGGAAAAUUGGAAAGUCAUUUUAUUGUCAUUUGAAAUUUGUUGAAUACAAUUCUAAUACACGAAUAAAAUCUUAUUUGUGAAUCAA